AGUGGCGCCAAUUUCCGCUUCGGGAAUUUCACUCCCAGCGAGGCUUCUCACGUGACUAGCCUCAGCCAAUAAGAUUCUUCUCUGUGGUCGACCAAGAUGGCGGAUUGCUUGAAGCCUGAAUCAAGGCCAACAACUUGCGAUGGAGUUGACCUGAAUGCUUCAUAACCAAUGCGUUCUCUCGGAUUUUCAGGAAGCCUUCGGUUAUUGGAAGUGGACGAAUCUUCAGCGAGCUGACAGCAGGGUGAUACUGUGCAAGAGUGGUGUAUGCGGAAUCAAGAAGGCUGGAGUUUCAUCGUUGUUGCAUAGCUGAAGUGUAUACACCCGAUACUUGGAUGGAAAUAUAAGCCUUAAAUGGUAGUUCAACAGUUAGUGGACGAGCCUCCCCUGGUACAGGCGUGCUUUCACGGUGAUGCAGCCGAGGUGAGGACGUUGAUAAGCAGAAAAGAAGAUGUAAAUCGCCAGGAUGAAGAGAAGAGAACUGCAUUACAUGCAGCUGCUCACUGUGGAGAGAGUGAAUGCAUCAGUAUUCUCAUUGCUAAUGGAGCCAGAGUGAAUACAAAAGAUAACAAAUGGAUGACGCCACUCCAUCGCGCAUGUGCAUCAGGCAGUGUGGAUUGUGUCAAAGCAUUGAUCAAAAGUUCUGCAGAUGUCAAUGCACGAGACAAGAACUGGCAAACACCUCUGCAUGUCGCAGCAGGCAAUAAUCACAUGAGAUGUGCUGAUGUUCUUAUACCUUACCUUGCAAAUGUGAAUGUCACCGACAGAGCAGGAAGGACAAGCUUACACCAUGCUGCGUUCAAUGGUCAUGUUGAGAUGGCACAGCUUCUUUUAACCAAAGGGGCUCAUGUUAAUGCUGCAGACAAGAAAGACAGAAAACCAAUCCACUGGGCUGCAUAUAUGGGUCGCAUUGAGUGCUUAGAAGUUUUGUUCAAAGCAGGAGCUGAGAUUAACUGCAAAGACAAAAAGCAUUACACUCCUCUCCAUGCCGCAGCCGCUGGGGGACAGUUGACUACAUUGAAGCAGCUGUUGGGACGUGGAGCUUCAGUGGAUGCUCAGAACUUAAAUGGUAACACACCCCUUCACAUAGCUUGUCUCAAUGGUCAGGACAUAGUCAUCAGUGAGCUGAUGAGCUUCGGUGCCUCUGUCAAUGCCACUAACAAGAAAGGCAUGACACCAUUACAUUAUGCUGCGGUGUCAGGGCAGGGUGAUGUGUGUCUUGAACUGUUGUUGAAUGAUGGAGCUAGUCCCAACUUGCAGUGCAAGAAUGGACGGACACCACUUCACUAUGCUGCCUUGUAUGGGCGUUGCUCAAGGGCUCAAACUCUUCUUCAAAAUGGCUGCUACGUGGAUGCGACAGAUAUCAGAGGAAAUACCCCUUUACAUAUAACUGCACUGCACGGCCAGGAAUUAUUACUCAGCGUACUGCUGGCCAGUGGGGCAAACCAUGCAAGGCGUGGUUCAUUUGGAAUGUUACCUCUUCACAUGGCAAGCUUAGGUGGUUUCACAGACUGUUGUAGGAAACUUAUAUCAUAUGGUAAUGAUGUUAAUGCAAAAGAUGAUAACGACCAUACCUGUGUUCAUUCUGCUGCCUGUAGUGGAAAUGUAGAAUGCCUUGGACUUCUGUUGCAUAGCGGUACUGAUUAUACUGCAGUUGACAGAUUAGGAAGAACUGCACUUCACUAUGCUGCUGGUCAUGUUCAUUACUUGUGUGUGAAGUCAUUAGUGGCAUCAGGUUGCAAUGUAAAUAAAGUGGACACAAGAGGCUGCACUCCUCUUCACUACGCAGCUGCUGCAGACUCAGAUGCCAAAUGUGUGGAACACCUACUAAGAAAUCGAGCUAAUGCUAGCAAAAGAGAUAAACAAGGUUACAGUCCUGUACAUUAUGCUGCUGCUAGAGGGCAUAAAUUGGCUUUAGAAAUGUUAUUAGAUGUAGCUGCAACAGAUCUUUUAAAUAAGAGUUCAGGCUCACCAGCUACCACUCCUCUUCAUUUAGUGGCUUAUCAUGGCCAUUUCCCAGCCCUCCAAGUGCUGUUAGAAUCCUUCAUAGACAUUGAUAUUAAGGAUGCCAAUGGCCAUACUCCACUUUAUCUUGCUGCUUUUCAAGGACAUGCUGAAUGUGUAGAGUGUCUUUUAGAACACAAUGCCAAGGUUUUAGUUCAUGACAACAUAACCAAGAGAAACGCUCUCCAUGUUGCAGCUUACAAUGGACACACAGACUGCUUGAGACUUCUUCUACAAUACAGUAACACUGAAAAUUCCUUAGAUUGCACUGAUGCCGAUGCAAGGACACCUUUGAUGGCAUCUGUAGGUAAUGGUUUUGUAGACUGUGUCAAUCUUUUACUGGCUGAAGGAGCCAAUGUUCAAGCGUUGGAUAUUUAUCACCGCAGUGCACUUCAUAGAGCAGCGGCAAACGGCCAUGACGAUUGCGCCGAGGCUCUUUUGCACAGAGAGGCAGAUGCACUUUGUAGAGACUGCAACGGUCGCACUCCCCUUCACUUUGCGGCAGCUUGUGGUCACGUGGGCAUUCUAAAUGGACUUCUACAGGUCGUAGGUAGUGGUGUUCACAUGGAUAAUCACGGCUACACGCCGCUUCACUGGGCCUGCUUUAAUGGCCAUGAUACGUGUGUGGACAUAUUACUAGAGGGUGACCACUCCAGAGUAUUUGAUGGCAAUCAAUUUACACCUCUGCACUGUGCAGUCAUAAAUGACUAUGAAUCCUGUGCAGAGAUGUUACUAGACACGUUAGGUGACGAGAUAGUCAACUUAUGCGAUAAAAAAGACAGGACGCCUGUCCAUGCCGCAGCAUUUAAUGAUCAAGUAGAAUGCCUUCAGCUUCUGUUGUCAAGAGGAGGAAAUGUGGAUUCAGUGGAUCAGUCUGGUAGAACACCGCUGAUAAUGGCCGCUGACAAUGGCCAUGCGGGCGCAGUAGAAUACCUUGUGGGGGCUGGUGGAGCUGACGUAGGUAGCGCGGAUCAAAAUAAAAACACGGCUUUGCACGUAGCGUGCCGUCAGGGUCACACGGCCUGCGCUCUCUUAAUUCUGGACAAAAUGGAAGAUUCCGCUCUUAGUCUAGCCAACACCGCUCUUCAAACGCCACUACACUUAGCCGCUAGAAAUGGCCUGGUACCUGUUGUACAGGAGCUUAUAGCAAGAGGAGGCAAUUUGCUGGCCGAGGAUGAGGACGGACACAAUCCUGCUCUCGCUUGUGCCCCCAACCCGCAAGUAGCCGACUGUUUGGCACUCAUUCUGGUUGCCAUGGUACCCAGUCUAGGGUCCCCAAUGGCAACAUCUGAGCGCCUGGAGAAAACGGAGGAUAAUUUGGAAGACGACACGAUAGAUUAUGCGAAACCCACGCACAAUGCUACGGUGUAAUGGAGGGAAUUCAUCGGCCUGUUUUUUAUCAUAUUAUAGGAGCAUUUUAUAUUCUAAUUUGAACAUUUCAGCUCUGAAUGAGAGAGAGCUUUCAACUUGACAACGAUUUUUUUUUUAUCGUUCUGCAAUUAUUUUCAAAUGGCGUUCAUUACAGUCAUCGGAACAAGUUCCUGUCUCAGCAGAAGUCUCCUUGCUGAGAAUUAUGUGAGCCCGCAGAUUUGGUAGAAACGUUGCUUAGCAACAGUGACGUAACCCGAUGACGAAACCAGAUGUAACAACUUCCGGGUUGUUGGCAAGUGCUGAGUGGCCGAGAACACAAUAUGACCGCUGUGACUGGGGUUGAGUUUCUUCGACAGAAGGAGAACCCGAGGCUAUCACAAAAGUGAAUUUGCGAACCUCCGAGACGCUGCGCUUGCAUUAGUAGCUGGUUUACAGAAGCGGUUGCUAAAGGCUUUUACUCUCCAAAUUUAUUUACGCAAAUUAAACAAACUAUACAACUUAUAAUGCAAGCUCUUUCGGUUUCUUACCGACACGACCUUGCUUCACCCUGAGAAUUAAACUUAACUGAACAGCUCUUAAACGUGACAGCUGAACCCUGCCGGAUUAAGCUUCAAUAUUGUUGAUACUGUUACUUUUGUUUCUUUGUGUGCUUUUGCGUGAGUUGUUUUUGUCGUGUUUUUCUUUCUUUUUGUUUUUUGUCAGACCUGUUUUCGCUUGAAUAACGUCUCCCCAGGCGACUCCCAUGACGCGUGUCUGCAGUAGCGUCUCUGAUUGGCUCUUGCUGAGUUGCGAAUUUUCGCGCGUAAUUAAAGACCAAUAAGAGACUCUUCACAGACGUCAAGUCGGCUACGUCGUCAAGGUUGGAUCCCAGACCUCUCUCUAGCAGGGGCGGAAUUGUUCCUGGAAAAGAGACGUCAGUGCUCGUUUACGAAAAGGCUUCUUGACAUCGAACAGAACCAGAAACCAUUUAACUGAGAUCAGCAAUGGCCAUGACUGAUCGAGUCAAUCCGGUUUUCUACUUUCUAAUGUGUUGCGCCUGUGUAGGUAUUUCUUGUACAGAUAUUUAAAAUUCUUUUCAACAAAACAAAUUUUAUUAGUAUAUUUUUACUUUAUGAUUUAACAAUUCUAUGAUAUUUGCCAUCCUCACUUUGUGUAAGAAUGGCCUUUGCCAUUUUUUUGAUACGUCUGUGUUGUAAGUAAAAUGAAUACUACAGCUA